GCGGGUUUGUUUUGGUUAGCUAAAUGAGAGGACCGCGGCCGAGUUUUUAAUCGAUUAUCGGUGAAUUAUCAUGAUUCACGAGCUGCUGUUGGCGCUGAGCGGUUACCCGGGGACUAUUUUCACAUGGAACAAACGGACCGGUCUGCAGGUGUCCCAGGACCUGCCCUUCCUGCACCCCAGUGAGACCAGUGUCCUCAACCGGCUCUCUAAACUGGGCUCAGAUUACAUCCGCUUCACUGAAUUCAUAGAGCAACACACCGGCCAUGUGCACCAACAAGAGCAUCACACGAAUCAGCCCAACCAGACGGGACUUUAUGGGAUUUACCUGCGGGCUUUCUGCACCGGGCUGGACUCGAUCCUGCAGCCGUACAGACAGGCUCUGCUGGACCUCGAACAGGAGUUCCUUGGAGAUCCACAUCUGACAAUAUCUCAUGUGAAUUACAAGCUCGAUCAGUUCCAGCUGCUGUUUCCGUCUGUGAUGGUGGUGGUGGAGUCUAUAAAAUCACAGAAGAUCCACGGCUGUCAGAUCCUGGAGACGGUGUACAAGCACAGCUGUGGGGGGCUUCCUCCCGUCCGCAUGGCCUUAGAGAAGAUUCUUGCUGUGUGUCACGGUGUGAUGUACAAGCAGCUCGCGGCCUGGAUGCUUCACGGUUUGCUGCUCGACCAAAGCGAGGAGUUCUUCGUGAAGCAGGGGCCCAGCGCAGGAGGAGCCGCCGCCAACCAGGAGGAGGAGGAGGAGGACCUGGGGCUGGGAGGCCUGAGCGGGAAACAGCUCCGAGAGCUGCAGGACCUGCGGCUGAUCGAGGAGGAGAACAUGCUGGCUCCGUCUCUGCAGCAGUUCUCCCUGCGGACGGAGAUGCUGCCGUCUUACAUCCCCAUCAGAGUGGCUGAGAAGAUCCUCUUUGUCGGAGAGUCCGUGCAGAUGUUUGAAAACCACAACCACAGUCCGUCCAGAGCCGGCUCCAUACUGAAGCACCAGGAGGACAUGUUUGCUGCUGAGCUGCACCGACUCAAACAGCAGCCGCUCUUCAGUUUGGUGGAUUUUGAGAAUUUGAUUGAUCGCAUCAGGAGCACAGUGGCCGAGCAUCUCUGGACGUUGAUGGUGGAGGAGUCCGAUCUGCUCGAACAGCUGAAGAUCAUCAAAGACUUCUACCUGCUGGGUCGCGGCGAGCUCUACCAGGUUUUUAUUGACCUCGCGCAGCACAUGCUGAAGACGCCGCCGACCGCCGUCACAGAGCACGACGUGAACGUGGCCUUUCAGCAGGCAGCUCAUAAGGUGCUCCUGGACGACGACAACCUGCUGCCUCUGCUGCACCUCACUGUGGACUACCAGGGCAAAGACAGCAAAGAGACGACGGGCCCCAGAGACGGAGCCACGCCUCCACAGGACACGUCCCCCCGUGAGGUCCCCCCCACAGGCUGGGCGGCGCUCGGUCUCACCUACAAGGUCCAGUGGCCGCUGCACAUCCUCUUCACUCCCGCCAUCCUGGAGAAGUACAACGUGGUGUUCAGGUACCUGCUGAGCGUGCGGCGCGUGCAGUCGCAGCUGCAGCACUGCUGGGCGCUGCAGAUGCAGAGGAAGCACCUCAAGUCCAGCCAGACGGACGCUGUGAAGUGGAGGCUACGCAACCACAUGGCGUUCCUGAUCGACAACCUGCAGUAUUAUUUACAGGUGGACGUCCUGGAGUCUCAGUUCUCUCAGCUGCUGCAGCAGAUCAACUCCACCAGAGACUUCGAGAGCAUCAGACUCGCCCACGACCACUUCCUCAGCAACCUGCUCGCCCAGUCCUUCAUCCUGCUGAAACCGGUUUUCCACUGUCUGAACGAGAUCCUCGAGCUGUGUUUGAACUUCUGCUCGUUGGUCAGUCAGAGCGUAGCGUCACUGGACGAGAGGGGAACUGCUCAGCUGGAUAUUUUGGUCAAGGGCUUCAGGCGACAGUCCUCUUUACUUUUCAAGAUCCUUUCGAGUGUCAGAAACCAUCAGAUAAACUCCGAUCUGGCUCAGCUGCUGCUGCGUCUAGACUACAACAAAUAUUACACCCAGGCUGGAGGCACUUUGGGCAGUGUUUGAGAGGAGCGCAGUCCAUCAGAAACAAACCAACACCUCAGCAUACAACCCUCGUAUGAACUGUAAAUAUGGAGAAUCUCAUUGUGUGCACGAUUUCCUGUCAAGACAAUAAACUCCAGUCAAUUAAAUUGAAA